UUGAAAAUGGGCAGUUUCUGGAAGACUAGUGGCCAGGAUCUUCCCCCGGGACCAAGGCCAUGGCCACUCAUUGGAAAUCUUCACCUCUUGGAUCUGAAGAGGCCUUACAGAACCUUGUCCCAGUUAUCCAAGCGGUAUGGUCCUGUCUUCCGCUUACAACUGGGAUUUCAGAAAAUGGUCAUUCUUACGGGUUAUGAGACUGUAAAGGAGGCUUUGGUGAACCAAGCAGAGGCCUUUGCGGAGAGGCCCAGGGUCCCAAUCUUUGAAAAACUUGCAGAAGGCCACGGAGUUAUUUUUUCUCACGGUGAGAACUGGAAAGUGAUGCGUCGGUUUACGUUAACCACGUUGCGUGACUACGGAAUGGGCAAGAGGACCAUAGAGGAUAGGAUUGUUGAAGAAUGCCACUUCCUAAUACAGAAAUUUGAAUCUUACAAAGGAAAACCAUUUGAGACCACUGUAAUCAUGAACGCCGCCGCCGCCAAUAUUAUAGUGUCCAUAUUACGGCAGCGAUACGAAUACGAAGAUCCCACUUUCGUAAGACUACUGAACUUGGUCAAUGAAAAUAUCCGGCUUGCCGGAAGUCCCUCGGUCACGCUGUACAACAUGUUUCCCGCUCUGGGUUUUCUCUCUAGUGGUCGCAGGACUGUCCUUAAGAACAGGGACGAACUGCACGCCUUCAUACAGGCCACCUUCAUUGAACACCUCAAAGAACUGGAUGUGAACGACCAGAGGAGCUUUAUCGACACAUUUCUAAUCCGGCAGCAAGAGGAGAAGAACAAGAACCAGAGCAAUGGAUUUUUCCAUAAUGAAAACCUAAUUGGGGUUGUGUCAAACCUAUUUGCUGCCGGCAUGGAGACCACUUCGACUACCUUGCGUUGGGGCCUGUUGCUGAUGAUGAAGUACCCAGAAAUACAGAAUAAAAUCCAAGAAGAAAUUACAAAGGUGAUUGGGUCUGCCCAGCCUCAGAUUGAACACCGAUCGAAACUGCCGUAUACAGACGCCGUAAUCCAUGAAAUCCAGAGAUUUGCUAAUAUUGUCCCUAUGAAUCUGCCACAUGCCACCACCGCGGACGUCACUCUGAAAGGAUAUUUCAUUCCAAAGGGAACAUAUAUCCUUCCAUUACUGUACUCAGUGCUGUACGAUGAAUCUCAGUGGGAAAAGCCAUUUCAGUUCUAUCCAGAGCACUUCCUUGAUGCCAAAGGAAAGUUUGUCAAGAGGGAUGCCUUCUUGCCUUUCUCUGCAGGUCGGCGAGUGUGUGCUGGUGAGACCCUAGCCAAAAUGGAGCUCUUCCUCUUCUUUGUGAGUCUCUUGCAGAGAUUCACCUUCCAGCCAGCCCCUGGGACGUCCAAAGAAGAUCUGGUCCUGACCCCUGCAGUUGGCUUUACUACACCUCCAAUGGCCUACAAUUUGUGUGCUUUGCCGCGUUCCUAACAUCGAACCCUGCUUAGCUCCCCACUGUGUGCACCACCACCUUCCUUUUCUGCAACUACUUGCCAGCCAAGGACAUUCCAGACUCAGUGGAACCAGACUGUGGCCUUCUCAGAAACUUCAGUGCCUCACACAUGCCUCUCUGUGAAAACUCCACAAGCAAGAUCAGAGAGUUAGUUUAGUUCAAAAUUUUGCUUCUCAAUCCACAACUGUG